CCGGUCAGCAGCAUGACAAUGUGAAAUUGGGUUUCUGCGUAUAUAUAUCUUGAAGAAGUUUUCUGGUUUGAAAAGGGGCUCGGCAGACUUAUAGAUCAGGAAUGAUAAAAGCAGUUCGAUAUGAAAACCUUCUCAACAACCAAUCAUUGGGCACUGAUAGUAUAUAUGUCAGGUCCAGUUCUAUUGAACGAUGUAUAGUCACCGCCGAAAGUUUCCUGGAUGGAUUCCUCCAAAACGCUGAUAAAGUAGCUCCUAUUAAUAUCGUUCCACCAUUAGAAGAUGCUAUGCUGAAAUUCCCGGGAAUGCCUUGUCCAAAACAUAAACUUGAAUUCAUUAGAAAUGUUCGCCUGGAUCAGCCUGAUGCCAUUGAGUUAACAAAUUAUGGAAUGUUUCUCAAAUAUGUUGAAUAUCAUUCAGGAGAGGAUAUAAAGGACUUAGAACAUCUAGCAAACAUUGGAGAUACUUUAACCGUUGAGCGCAACUACGGGCUGGAGAUUCCGUCUUGGGCGGAAGAUAUCUAUGAUGACUUCACACCCGUUCUAGAAUUUACAAUGGAUAGGAUGAGUUCCAGCAAAUGGCUUCAAAUAAAAUCAGGACUUCUUUUGAAUGACAUAUUUGAGCGAUUCAAUCACUUUAUACGGCCACCACCUUACCAAAAACAGAGAGAAAAUGUUCUUUUCUACUCGGCCCACGAUCUAAACGUGCAAUCUCUUUUAGUACUUCUGGGGGUAUUUGAUCAAACCCGCGUUAGGGCUGAUUAUGGAGCAGUAGUUGCUCUGGAACUGCACCAAAAUAAAAGCUUGAGGGACGAUAUGGAAGUGCAGAUAUUUUACUUUAGGGAUUUCGGUGACGAGGACCCGAUUAACGUUCGUAUUCCAUCGUGUCCGGCUCCUUGUGCUUAUUCGAAAUUCAAGGAUCUUAUGAAAUCAAAGUUGGUUAAGAAUUAUAGAAGAGCUUGUUACUAG